AUGGACAGUGAACAAUUUCAGGACUUAAUCGAUGAGAAAGUACGAGGUGAAGAAGGAAGCGGAAAGAAGGAAGAAGUCGGAGAAGGAGAAGAUAAGGAAGGGAAUGGAAUUGGAGUCCAAGAGGAGAAGGAAAGGCGGGAAGGAGAUGAAGGAGAAGAGCAAGAAGCAAACGAGAUGCAGAUCGAACCCGGUCCAAGCAGCGCAAUAGCCAACCCCCAGCCAACUAGGCAGUCGAAAAGGAAAGUAGGUCCACCAAAACCUUUCCCACCCCCACCCCCACCAAUGUCUCAGAAGGAAGCCAUGAAGGUAAUAGGCCCUAUCCGUAUCAAAAAGCCAAGAGGACGACAACCAACGAACAAGAACACGGUUGGAAACGAACCAGGCAAAGGAGUGAAUGUUAAUCAAACCGGAAUUCGGGAAGCGGAAGGAACCACAGACCUACAGCAUCAACCCCCGCCACAAACACUCCUACAGAACCCAAACCGACCACCACCAUCCCGCCUCCAAACCACACAAGACCAGACCGACCAACGUAGCAACCAACAGUUGGUUGCCAACCACGAGGAAGGAGAGGAACUCGCGAAUAAUUGGCAGGAACAAGUCAACCUGUGGAACGACACAAUGCGACAAGAAAACCCAAGAGCGAUCAGAGGAGUUGGAGGAAUAGUGCUGGGAGAAAGAGAUGAAGGUAAGCAUAAAUGA